UUUACAUGAGAUGGCAUUAUUGGCAGGCUUCCAGAGAUUUGGGCACGUUGCAGAUAAAGAUACUUCCCAUCAUUUUCCUGUAAUUUAGUUUCAAAAUGUUCAACCAAUCAACCCUAUAAAUUCAAUCUCCAAUCGCACUCUCAAUUCAUCUCUUGAUUCAAACACCGCAUUGUAACGGAUUACGCUCUCACAUUUCUUUAAUCCUAUUUUACACAAUCAUUCAAUAUGGAAUACGAAAACGGAUACCAACAACAGAUUCCAACAUCAAAAUAUGAAUGCCUUCUCUUUGAUGUUGAUGAUACCCUUUAUCCUCUAAGCUCUGGGUUAUCAGCACAGUGCACCAAAAACAUCAGAGAGUAUAUGGUGAAUGAGCUUCACAUAGAGGAAACCAAAGUUCCAGAAAUGUGUGCUACACUCUACAGAGAUUAUGGAACAACAAUGGCUGGUCUUCGGGCACUUGGGUAUGAAUUCGAUUAUGAUGAAUACCAUAGUUUUGUACAUGGAAGAUUGCCCUAUGAAUAUUUAAAACCCGACCCGGUUCUCAGAACUCUUUUACACAGUUUACCCUAUAGGAAAGUGAUUUUUUCAAAUGCAAAUGAAGCCCACGUGGCAGAAGUUCUUCACAGACUUGGAUUGGAAGAUUGCUUUGAAGAUGUCAUAUGUUUCGAGUCUCUAAACCCUAAAAACCAAAUCAUCAAUUCUGAUUCUCCUAAAAGCUCUGUUACUGGAAAUGAUGAUGUCAGCAAACGUGAUGUUGUACUACCAGAAAGUCCCAUUGUCUGUAAACCCUUUGAAAAUGCAUUCCAACAAGCUUUCAAAAUGGCAAAAAUUACCCCUCAUAAAACCUUGUUCUUUGAUGACAGUAUACGCAAUAUACAGACUGCAAAACUUACAGGACUUAGUACUGUGUUGGUUGGGUGUUCACAGAGGAAGAAAGGGGUGGAUUAUGCUUUGGAGAGUAUUCAUAAUAUAAGGGAAGCAUUGCCAGAGUUGUGGGAGUUGGUUGAUCAGAAGUUGAAAGAUGGUUGCUAUUCUCAAGAGAUUGGAAUCGAGACUCGUGUGCAAGCUUAGAUCCACAUUUGUGUUUUUCUUUAUCUUGCUUCAUGUAAUUGUCCAUUUCAAUUGUUAAUGUAAAUGGUUGUUUUAACUUUAGAAUGUCAAAUAUGUAAAUUAU